AUGGUGGGGAGAUUGACCCGUUUGGCGGCACUGCUCGUGGUGCUGACCCUGCAAUGCCUGCGCAUAGGAGCGAUAGAAGUUUACAUCAGCGUGCGGCCAAACAAAAUCAAAUGCUUAAAGGAGCGAAUUAACAAAGACACCCUUGUUGUGGGGAAAUUCAAAACAGAAAACAAAAGUGUACCCAUCUCCAUAUUUAUAUACGACACAGACAUACAUGAAAGAACUUUUAACUUCCAGAAGAGAUUGCCUAUAUUUGAAACCAUUAAUGAGUACGACAUAAAGACGGCCUUCACAACCUUCCAUGUUAAUCUAGGACGAAUAUCCCCCUUGGGAAGAAUCAACAAGGAAUAUAAAAAAAAAAAAAAAACGUUGUGUAUGAAUUGUGAAGGGGGCGCUGUGGAGGAAAUGCUUCCCGGAGACGCGCUAGCAGAGUGGUAUCUGAGGGAGAAGCGAAGAGCGAUAGAAGUUUACAUCAGCGUGCGGCCAAACAAAAUCAAAUGCUUAAAGGAGCGAAUUAACAAAGACACCCUUGUUGUGGGGAAAUUCAAAACAGAAAACAAAAGUGUACCCAUCUCCAUAUUUAUAUACGACACAGACAUACAUGAAAGAACUUUUAACUUCCAGAAGAGAUUGCCUAUAUUUGAAACCAUUAAUGAGUACGACAUAAAGACGGCCUUCACAACCUUCUACUCUACCUCCUACUCCUUCUGUGCAUAUAACAGUUCGAAUAAAGUGUUGGAUGUACUGUUUGAAAUAAAGCACGGGACGGAAGCAAGGGACUAUGCGCAAAUAGCAAAAACGGAACACCUGAAUGAAGCUACCAUAUACUUAAAGCAAAUCGUUGACCAAAUGACUAGCUUCCACUUGAAUUUAAAACGAAUUAAAGCUUCAGAGGAGAAUGAAAAGAAGGCCAGUGACAAACUCAAUGACACCCUCAUGUGGUUCUCUCUCAUGAACAUUUUAAUUAUUAUCGUUGCGGCCAUCAUCCAGGAUUUCUACUUUAAGCGGUUUUUCACGUCCAAGAAGAUUAUCUGA